CAAAGACGCAGCCAUGUUUACAUCCCAACAGGCGCAGCACUGAUUUACGACGCAGCCAGCCAGUGUGAAUCUCUGUAACCCAUAGCAACCAGAGAAACUUUGGAGCUCGCCACAGGCUGACGCUGAGAAAUGGGAGCAACCACUCGGCGAUUUUAAACAAAGACGCCACAUAUUUCACUUCUUUUUUUUUUUUUACCAUUUUCGUCGGAGCAACCAGAAAAAGAAAGCAUGACAUCUCCUCAGAGAAGUCCCAAAGACCUCAAGUCGAUGAUUAUUGACACCAAACAGGACAUGGAUGACGUCCACCAAGCUCUGGAUAAACUGAGGGGGCUUUCCCAAGAGGAGAGGACUGAGGCAGAAAUGCUGAGGUCCAGAAUUGACGAGCAGUCUAGUCUCAUCUGCAUUCUGAAGCAGCGAGCAGAUGAGAUGCUGCUUCGCUGUCAGGCUCUGGAGCGUAUCAACACAGAGCUGGAAAAGCUGCGAGCUGAUGUGCAGACGGAGCUGGAAAAUGAGCAACAAAGAUCCAAACAGCUAGAGCAGAGGUUCAUGGACCUUGCCGCCAACCACAGAGAGCUGAUCAAAUUCAAAGAUGAGUACAAACAGCAGAACGCAGAGCUGCUGAAAGAGAACCUGAGACUCCAAGAGGAGAAUGAAAAACUGUUUAGUAAAGAACUGGAGGAGAAAGAAAAGACCAUUCUGAAGCUUACCCAAGAGCUGAGAGACCUCGCUGAGCAGCACAGACAUUUAGAAAAAGAAUAUCAGGACAAAACAACAGGUUUCCAGAUGAAGAUAAAGGAGCUGAUGAAUCUUCAUCAGAUUAAAGAAGCAUCAUUGCAUGAUGAGUUACACAACACUCAGAAACAGCUAAAGAAUGCAGUAGAAAUGUGUGCAGAGAUGGAUCUGAAGCUCAGGCAAAGUCAUGAAAGAGACACAAUGAAAGAAACCGAGAGCCAGGAGAAGCUUGAAGCUCUUCAAAAAGAGAAGAAUGAAUUACUGGAACUGUCCAUGCAAAGAGGGAAAAUUAUACAGGAUAAACAAGUGGAAAUCCAAGAGUUAGAAAGACAGAAGCAGGAGGCAGAGAAUGCUAGGCAGGAUGCAGAGAACAGGUUUGAGAGAGAAGCUGCUGCAGUGAAUGGAGAUUUGAGAGUGAAGGAGCUCCAGCAGGCUCUCAAUGAAGCUGAGGAGACAUGCAGUGAUCUUAAGAAGGAUUUUGAGGCAUAUAAAAAGCACAGCAGUGACUUGCUGGCAAAAGAAAAGGAGUUAAAUGCCAAACUUCGCCACAUGAUCAGCUGAUUUCUCCAUCAACUCAAACCAUCCAGCUCAUCCAUCCAAUUCAUCCAUCCAUGUCAUUAAAAUAAGAGAUCAAUUUUGUUGUAAUUAAAAUUACAUUUUAUAAGCCAUAAGUCAUACAGAAAAUCAUCAUUCUUAACACAUUUAAAAGACAGGCUGACAUGAAAUGAGGCAUUAAGCAACAUUUUUUAUUCAGUUGUUUUCUAGUGACUUUUAAAAUGGUCAUGAGGUAGGCUACAGUAUGUCACACAAAUAUAAACAUGUUAAUUCGUAAUAAAUGCAUGCAAAGUUAUACAGCAGUUUGCUCCAACAACACAGACCAAUUGAGAUAUGUUCUGCCCUCAUUACUAAUAGCAUGACUUUUCUCAAAAACUAUCAUUCAGCUGAGCAAUAGCUGCUGAGUCAUGACUCUCUUUCUCUCUUUACUUUAGCACAUACAUAAACAAACUAGUUGUAGUUGCCCCUAAGCUUUUCGGUCAGCAACUAAACAAACUGGAAUUAGCCAAAAAUGAAUGAAAUGCCGUUUAACAAAAAAGAUGGGUUCUGAAAUAUUUUAAUGGCUGGAAUAGAAUGACAUUCAGAAUAAUCUGGCAAGCAUUGAAAAAUUGGAACUGAACCUGAUAUUGUGACAGAUAUUGGUAGAAGAAAUUAUGAGUAUUAAACCAUAUUUAAUAAAAUGCUCAGGGCUUUUUUGCUUUAUUGUUUCUCUUUAUUUUGCAGAAGUGCCAUACAAAAGCAGUAGAACACAAAAGGUUGUGUGUAUCACCUCCAGUUUGUGCCUGCAACAAAAUCAUAGCCAUUAUGUUAUUUGCGAUAGUAUUCUCUCUUUUCUGUUCUGUUGCUCAUCAAAAACCAACUAAAAUAAGAAAAUCUCAUUUUGUUGCAUGUGUCAUUUUGAAUUGUGAGGGAGGAGUGUGACUCAGUUAAAAAGGGAGAUUUGUAAAGGCAGUAUUACAGUGUUUAGUCCAAAUUUUGCAGCACUGACUGUCAUUCCCCACUAGAGGGAAAUGCAACAGGUUGUAAAACAGUUGUUAAGGUGGAAGUAAAUUCAGGAAUUCUGAGAAUGAUUUGAAUUUGGCAAUUAGUGGUAGUGGGCUCAGGAAAGUCAUGCAGGGCAGGUCAAAGAACAAGCACGCUCACUAAGGGUAAAGCAAACUGCAAAUCAACACCUUAGAAAAGGUGACCAUGCUCAAAAUAAAUGUUAAUGUUAUUUCAGUUCAAAUCAGUUCAAAUCUUUCAUUCAUCACCACCACAUUUGAUCUUUUUUCAUAUAUUUUAAUAUGUUUAAGAUAAAUAGAAAAGUAAUGUCAAGAGUUGCUCUAUACUGCUCAAAAUUUUACUACUUCACGUUUGUCAUUGUUUUUCCACAAAGUAAUGACAAUGUAUUGUUUUGGGAAAACACCUAUACAUGUGUAGGGUCAGUCUGUGUCAAGGUGUGCUUGGCAGAAAGAAAUUAAUGCGUUCAAACAGAAGAUCAUAGUACUUUUCUGACAUUGGAAAAUUGAGUUGUUAAGAGACAGCAGUCCAGGUCAGUAAUUUCUGGGUCAUUUCCAGUCUAACACACAGCCGGUAACUCAAAUGACAGAGAAUGCAGUCAACUGUAAAGUGGUUAUUUUGUCUGCGCCUUUAUAUUUUAUUAUAUGGAACAUCUGGAUGCUCAGCAUCCUGCCAGAGAGCUUCCAAGAAACAUGUGUUUAAUCUCAUCUUCUGGAUCCUUUCUGUUGUUCAUACAUUUUGCAUUUAUAUCAUUUCUAUAUGAACUUUUAUUGACACUUUAUUUGUAGCAUUUGUAUUUCUGGGUUUUAGGUGAGAAUUUAGAUCUAAUCUCUAAUUUUUGUAAUAAAAGCAGAAAAAUAACAAGUAUUAAAUGGAUGUGUUACCAGUUAUGCAGUGCAUUUUGGUGCUGAAUUGUAUCUGUCCUGUGUCUGUGUACCUCUGUCAGUGGGCAAUGUGAUGUCAGGAUUGUUGACUUUCCCCUGUUUUUUUACCUUAUACUUAUGACUAGCACACCUGCAAUUCAGGCAAUAUACACUGUAUAUCCAAAGGUUGUAGAUAACAAUUCAAACAGCCUUUCUUCUGAAAUCAAGGGUCUUAAUAGGGAACUUGUCCCCCCGUGCUGCAGUAACAGCUGCUCUUCCAGAAAGACUUUACACUUGAUGUUGAAACUUUGCUGUGAGGAUUUGGUUGCAUUCAGCCAAAGAGUAUUAGUGAGGUCAGGUACUGAUAAUGAAUCAUCAGUUCUGGAUCAAAAACAUCACUCCAGUGCAUCCUGUAGUGCUGCAUCACUCCAGGGAACACAGUUCCACUUUAGAUUUAGACCCCUCAAACCAACCGCCUGUCAUGGUGACCAUGGCUCAUCUGUGCCACUCUAGAUUGUCCUAUUCUAUGAGAGAAGCUGUAUGUGCGCAUUUGAACACUUGUGUCAGGAGUAGGUGUAGCUUUAAGUAGCAUAAUUGAGUAAAUAUAAAAAGGUGUUUGGAUGCUUUUUCCUUCUGGCCACUUUUACAAUAUAUUUAUUUAGAUGCUAGGAAAUAGUGUUUGUUUUAAACAGAUAUUUAUUGGCACUUGGUACUAACUUUAAUAACAAUUCACUUAGUACUAACUCUAAUGACAAAUCACUUUAUACGUGUCAUUCUUUUAAUUGAUACUCAGUCAUGUCAGUAUUUCAUGUUCUGUGCUUUCAUUCUAUGUACACUUUAUUGUCUACGUGUAUUUUAGCAGGGUGUUGAAAGGUCACAGGAAAUGUGUGGAUACUGUGCUGUUUUAAGUGCGUAUUACUCUAACAGUUAUGGCGCUUUCGUAUAUUGCAUCAAGUUGAGGCAGGUUUGCCUCUGCAGUGUGGCUGACGUUUCCACCUGCCCUUUACUCAUUUGACCUCUCAGUGGUCACUCUAAAUGCUCUAAAUUUCAUUGACAUCAAGUCAUCCUCACCUCUGUGACCAUCUGUUCCUCAGCAAUGCUAAGAGUUGUCCUGCUGACCCUUUCUGUAUUACACUAUAAUUGCUAGAAUUGUUUAAGUUUCCUUAAACUUAUGCUUUGAAAGAUUUCUGUGAUCAUAUCCACCAAAUGCACAUUUGCUCUGGACCAGACAGAUACUGUUACUUUUUUCAAUGUAAACUGAAAAGGCAUAGUAUUAAAGGUUAUUAUUGACA